GCAAUCUGCAGAGUGGCAGCAUUAUUUUUGUUCAGUGGAGUCCCGUACUGUUGGCUGCCCCAUACCCGCCGCUGUGUCUGGAUUUUCACUCGCUUCUCAUUUUUUGGAGUUUGCACCGUCUUCCUUAUUUUUCCUGCAAUUUUGACUUGGCUGCAAACAGAGAUAGAUAAAGGGUUCCUUGGGCCGAACUGAAAAGAACCUUCAGGAUGUCAGGAUCCUUAAAACUACAAAUGGAACAACAGGAACGGGACCUUGAGACGCGAUAUGAGAGCUGCUAUCACCAAAGCUCCUUGUCAUCUGUUAGCCGCCAGUCUUAUGCUGCUUAUACGAGCAGCCAUGGGUACAAGACCUCAGUGAAGAAGGAGAAGAAAGUGAGCACAAUCCCCAAAAAAGACAAGCGCUCCUACCUGGCAUUGGACAAAGAAAACGAGGUCAUUGGAUACGUUGUGCCAGUCUUUAGAAGCAGUCAUUUAGCCACUCAGGAACUGAUGGAGUCUCAGGAGGAAGUGAAGGAAGAGGGUGUGGGGUAUGUCGUGAUGAGAAACCUGUUCUCCAGAGAGACUGACUUCAAGAUGAAAACUGAGAAGAAGACCAGGGAGACCAGUAUGAGAGAGUCUGCCGAUCGCCUUGCUCUGGGCAGAAAGAUGCACGAGAGAGCAGAAUUCCAGAAGAAGAUGAAUCCAGACAGUUUGACUCACCUCCCAGAGUUUACUUUGAAACCACGUGGUCAGACCGUGUGGGAGGGGAAGAGUGUGAAACUGCACUUCACUGUGGCUGGAUGGCCCAAACCCCGCGUCGCUUGGUACAAAAACAACGUUGUAAUCGAUGUCAAGUCUCACCCUGAGAAGUACAUCACAGAGAGCCAAUACAACAUGCAUUCUCUGGAAAUCAUAAACUGUGAUUUUAGUGACACUGCUGAAUAUCGGAUCUCUGCACUCAAUGUGAAGGGAGAGAGUUCUGCUUUUGCCCAUGUCAUUGUUAAAAGAUUCAAGGAUGGAGAAGCAGUGAUUGAAAGGCCUCAUGGUUACAGCCCUGAAUAUGGUGUCACCUUCUAUACGACCAUUAUUGACAAGUUUGGUGUUUCAUUCGGCCAUGAGGGAGAGACCAUGAGUUUGGGCUGUACUGUCAUUGUCUACCCCAAUGUCAAGCGCUACCAGCCAGAGAUUGUGUGGUACAGAAAUGGUGUCAUCUUGUCAGCUUCUAAGUGGGUGAACAUGCACUGGAGUGGUGAGCGAGCCAUUUUGACACUUGUUCACCUCAACAAAGAAGACGAGGGUCUCUACACCCUCCGUGUCAACACCAAGUCUGGCUUCGACACCCAUUCUGCUUAUGUAUUCGUCAGAGAUGCUGAAGUGGAGGAGGAAGGGGUUCCUGUUGCUCCUCUUGAUGUGCGUUGUCACGACGCUAAUAAAGAUUAUGUGGUUGUUACCUGGAAGCAGCCAGCAGUGGAGGGGAGCAGUUCCAUCAUGGGCUACUUCAUUGACAGGUGUGAAGUUGGCACUCAUCACUGGGCUCAGUGUAAUGACACUCCCGUGAAGUAUGCCCGUUUUCCUGUCACCGGGCUUAUUGAGGGCCGUUCCUACUCCUUCAGGGUGCGAGCCCUCAAUAAAGCCGGAGUGAGCCAUCCAUCUCGUGUCUCUGAUCCUGUAGCUGCCAUGGACCCAGCAGAUCGGGCCCGCCUUAGAGCUGGUCCCUCUGCUCCAUGGACUGGAAUGAUCAAAUUCUCUGAGGAAGACCCUACAGUGGGGGUUGUCCCUGGUCCGCCCACUGACCUGGCUGUCACUGAAGCUACUAAGAGUUACGUGGUAUUGAGCUGGAAGCCACCUGUGCAGAGAGGACAUGAGGGCGUCAUGUAUUAUGUGGAGAAGUGUUUGGUGGGUACAGACACAUGGCAGAGGGUGAACACUGGGAUACCAGUUAAGUCCCCACGCUUUGCCCUGUUUGACCUUGCUGAGGGUAAAUCUUACAGCUUCCGUGUGCGCAGCUGCAACUCUGCCGGAGUUGGAGAGCCAUCGGAAGAAACUGGGGCAACCACUGUAGGAGAUAGAUUGGACCUGCCGUCUGUCCCAGGGCCUGUUGUUCCCACCAGAAACACUGACUCCUCUGUGGUGGUGACCUGGGGUGCAUCCAAGGAGGUUAAGAAUCUGGUGGGAUAUUACAUCGAAGUUAGCAUCAGUGGCAGUAAUGUGUGGGUUCCAUGCAACAACAAGCCAGUCAAAGGCACAAGGUUUGUGUGCCACGGGCUGAAAACAGGGGACAAUUGCGUGUUUAGGGUGAAGGCGCUGAACGCUGCAGGAUACAGUGAAAGCACCAGCGAAUCUGAGGUCUGCCUUGUGAAAGCAGGCAUUGCUCUCCCAAGCCCUCCCACUGGUGUGACCCUGCUGGAGAGCGCUCGUGACUAUAUGGUGCUGGGCUGGCAAGCUCCUGCUAAGACAGGUGGAGCAGACAUCAGAGGUUACUAUCUAGACUACAGAACAGUUAAGGAUGGAGUCACAAGCAAGUGGCAUGAGCUUAACCUCCAGGCAGUCACUGCCACAUCUUAUAAGGUGACAGACUUGAAGGAAAACGUUUUCUACCAGUUCCAGGUGCGUGCAUUCAACCAGACUGGUAUUAGUGAAGCCUCCUUACCCACUUUCCCCUUGGAGUGCAAGGAGUGGACUGUUGCUGUUCCAGGCCCUCCUCAUGGCCUACAUGUCCUGGAGGUCCGCAAGGACUCAAUGGUGCUUCUGUGGGAACCACCCACAUUCAAUGGCCGCAGCCCUGUGACUGGAUAUUAUGUGGACUUUAAGGAGGAAAAUGGCAAAUGGAGAUGUGUCCAAGAGAGAUCCACAAAGAUGACUUACAUGAAGGUAUCUAGUCUCCAAGAGGGCAUUUCCUACAGGCUGCGUGUCCAUGCUAAGAAUGUAGCAGGUGUUGGAGGACCCUCAAAAGCAACUAAUGCUAUUUUGGCACAGACCUGCCCUGGAACCAAUGAGAUUGUUGUGGAUGUGGAUGACGAUGGUGUGAUCUCUUUGAUCUUUGAGUGCGCCGACCUUAAAGAGAGUUCUCAGUUUGUGUGGUCUAAAAACUACACGGCCCUCACUGACACUUCUCGUCUCACCAUUCAAACUGUUGGGGACAAGUCCAGAGCUAUAUUUAAAGACCCAUCUGUGGAGGACUUGGGCAUUUACUCCUGUGUGAUAACCAACACUGAUGGAGUGUCUGCCAGCUACACUCUCACUGAGGAAGGACUUAAGCGCUUGCUGGACAUCAGCCAUGACCACAAGUUCCCAAUAAUUCCCUUCGAAUCUGAAAUGGCCAUUGAGCUUCAGGAGAAGGGACGAGUCCGUUUCUGGGCCCAAGUUGCUAAGUUUACUUCCAACUGCCAAGUGGAGUAUGUUUUCAAUGAUAAUAUCAUCACUGAAGGAAAGAAGUACACAAUGAACUUUAACCAGAGCACUGGCAUCAUCGAGCUAUUUAUGGACUUAUUGGAAGUCACUGAUGAAGGAACCUUCACAUUCAACCUUGUUGAUGGCAAAGCAAAAGGUCGGACAAGCUUAGUGCUUAUUGGAGAAGAGUUCGCAGAGCUUCAGAAGAAAUCUGAGUUUGAAAGAGCAGAGUGGGUCAGAAGACAAGGUCCUCACUUUGUGGAGUACCUAAGUUUCGAGGUCACCCCAGAGUGUGACGUGCAUUUAAAAUGCAAGGUUGGAAACAUCAAACCUGCCACUGAGAUUGCCUGGUUUAAGGAUGGAAUUGAGAUUGAAGAAGAUGACGAGGAUGCUAAGAAGAUUGGAAAAACUGCUGAAGAGCUGAUCUUUGAUAUUGGCAAGAUUUCAAAGAAAUAUGCUGGAGUAUAUGAGGUCAAACUGAAGGAUGAGAGAGGAAAGGACAAAACCUUACUGAAUCUGACAGAAGCAGGUUAUCAGGCAGUGCUGAACGAAGUGUUUAGAAUUAUUGCCAACUCUUCUACUGAGCUCAAGGUUAUGAGUACAGAACAUGGCAUCAUUUUAUCCUCCUUUGUUGUGCACUACAUUGAAGAGCUCCGUGUUGGCUGGCUUCACAAAGAAUCCAAGAUCUCCCACUCAGACAGAGUGCAGUGUGGAGUCACUGAAGAACAGCUGUGGCUUAAAAUUAAUGAGCCCACAGAGAAGGAUAAGGGCAAAUAUGCCAUUGAUAUCUUUGAUGGCAAAGGUGGUAUCAAGAGGGUCAUUGACCUGUCAGGACAAGUAUGGGAGGAAGCAUUUGAAGAAUUCAAGAGGCUGAAGGCGGCAGCCAUAGCAGAGAGAAAUCGUGCUCGUGUUAUAGGUGGCCUGCCAGAUGUUGUCACCAUUCAGGAGGGCAAGUCUCUGAACCUCACUGGCAAUGUAUGGGGUGAUCCUGUUCCUGAGGUCAGCUGGAUAAAGAAUGAGAGACAGCUGGUGUGUGAUGAGCGCUACUCACUGAAGUUUGAGCAUGGCAAGUUCGCCAGCAUCACCAUCGCUGCUGUUUCCACUACCGACUCAGGGAAAUAUGCCCUGCUGGUGAAGAACAAGUAUGGCACAGAGGCAGCAGAGUUUACUGUCAGUGUCUAUUUCCCAGAGGACGAAGUGGAGAAGAAAGAGUAAAGAGAGACACAGAGGGAGAGAGGAGUUAAAAAAAUUACAAAAUCUUAAAAUAAAAAAAUCUUCCAUAGCCUUUUAAUUCAAAAUAUGCCCACUCACUGUGUAAUAUUGUUUAUAUAUAGGAAGGCCAUACAUGUUUGUGAUCACAGACACCAUGAAAAAUAUUAGAGCAGGGCUGUGUGCUGUGGGCCAUUUAGCCAUGGUUACCUGGUUUUACUGGGGUUUCAAACUACACUUAACCCAGGGUUAAGGACACAUUUGACCCUAGUUUAAGCAACAUUUCACACAUGUAAUUUUAAAAGCUUGUUAGCACUGCUUUAACCCUGGUUAUGAAACCCUUUUUCAGAGUUUUGGUAUCAGAGAUAUACAGUGUGAAUUACUAACUGAUGAUAAAAUAUGAACUGUGAAACAAGAUAGCACAUGAUUAUCUUAACCCAGUGUUAGUAAUGACCAUGCAGGCAAUAAUGAACAGUAUUAACAAUUGAGAUGACCAUGGUUUGAAUUAAAAAGCUUUGAGUGUUGCUUUAUAAGCACAAACUGGCACAUAAUAGUGCAAAAUUAGCAUGUACCUCAUCUGUUGUCUCAUUUUAAUUAAAAUUGGUUUGUCGUUUCCAGUGUGAAUCUACUGCUCCUUGAUACAAUGUAUCAUAUUAUAAAAAUUACCUAAAAUCCUCAUUCAAAGUAAAGUUAGUUCCAGAUUACUAAGCCACAAUUGUGAGUUAAUGAAUCUUUUGUCAAAUUGAGGUCUGUAAAAUUAAGAGAAACAAAUCUGCAUAAUCUAAUUUGUUGUUUUAUGUUUAAUGUUAUAUGUCUGCUUUUCUGGCUUGAUGCAUUUUGUGUCUUUAUUUGUUGUAAACACUACAAUGUGGUCAUGAUAAAGAGUAGUGUCAGUGGCACUGUUGUAAGGCAGUUUUAUUUGCAUAUGUUCUUCAGAUAGCACAGUAUCCUUUGGUGACCCUUACAAAAUUCAGAAAUUCAUGGCAAAUUUGCCACAGAACAUUUUCAGCAUACAAAUGUGCUUUGUGGCAAACUUGCAGCAAAUUGUCCAUUGUUGCCAAAGGUUUGCCAGAGGCUCACCACUACCAGAGAAGAGCUGCAAACUUCUGGUUAACAUUUGCAGCAAAUUACAAGCUCAUUUGCAUGACAAGCUGCAAAUGUGCAAGUUUGCUGCUAGUUUAGAUUUUUUUGUACUAGUGCCUCUCAGAUAUGGCUAUUUUUUUUUCAGAUCUUUUGCCAUUUUGUGCAUUCUUAUCAGCUGACACAGAUCUUAAUCUCAAAACUAAUAGACAGUGCUAUGGAAUAAAUUAACCCCUUGCAAUGCAGAAAAUGUGUCUGAAUUGAUAACCUGUCCAGCCUGGAUUAUAAGGCCCUGUAAUGUGUGAAUAUUGUUUUUUAAUUAUAUAAUUUCAUAGUAAGCUAAUCAAAUAGCCCAUGUAGGCACUAAUAUGCUAAAUGUACCAAAUAGCCCAAAGCAGAUAUUACUAU